AUGGGCAACGGACCUUCCAAGGAGAGCUCCAAGAAGCAUUCUUCUUCCAAGCAUGGCGCUUCGUCCGAGCACAAGCGCAAGUCCAAAUGCUGCAAGGGCAGCACAUGCAAGAAUUCGGAGCAGGAUCCCGCCACUCUGCGGGCUGUGUUUGCUCUAAGACACGACUUUUUAAAAAAGCUGCCCAGCCCAGAAUUCAUGCUCGAGAGCCAUCCUGCUUGGCGAACACUGACCAAAGAUGAACAGGGCAAGGCCCAACAGCUGAAGGCCAACUUCCAGGAUACCACCGAUGAACAGUUGCAGGCCUUUGUCGACGACUGGCAGCGCGAUUUCCCCGAAGAUAUGGACUAUGGGUACAAUGUCGAAGAAGACACGCUUUACCCUCAAGAAGCACGAUCCCCUGAGAAUAUUCUCUAUAUUUUCCAGGAAGAGCGCAGCAAGCUUAACAGUAAGGAACCUGAGCGUGGACGUACUAGGGAGCGGCAACCCGAUAUCGAUCAUGAAACGCUCAAGAACCUGCAUUCUCGGCCCAACACUCCCCCCAUGCCUGGCAUGGUCCCAGAGGAUUAUGCCGAGCUUCGAGAAGAGCUUAGAAAUGCCGGCGCAGAUCCGGAUGCUACUCCAAAGGCUUCUGCUUCUAGACCGUCUGGUGAUGGGCAUUCCUCAUCGAAGCACUCUUCGUCAAAGGAGCACUCUUCGUCAAAGCACUCCUCCUCGAGGCACUCCUCUUCGAAGCACUCUUCGUCAAAGGAGAACUCUUCGUCAAAGGAGCACUCUUCCUCGAAGCAUUCCUCGUCCAGGCAUUCUUCUUCAAAGCAUGGCUCUUCUUCCUCUUCGAGGCCUUCUGGAUCCAAGUCAUCCUCUUCGAAGGAGAAGAGCAGCUCUCACGGUCACAAGAGCUCUCAUGGUCACAGCAGUUCUUCUCACGGUCACAAGAGCUCUUCUCACGGUCACAAGAGCUCUUCUCACGGUCACAAGAGCUCUUCUCACGGUCACAAGAGCUCUUCUCACGGUCACAAGAGCUCUUCUCACGGUCACAAGAGCUCUUCUCACGGUCACAAGAGCUCGUCUUCUCGCCACUAA